ACCCACCUCCCUGGCCCGAGGCACACUGCAGCUCCGUGCGGACUCUCCGGCCCCGGCGAGGUGGCUGCAAACUCGCGGGCACGCACGGCGCUCGGGGAGCCAAGGGACUCGGGGGAGGGGACGCGCGCGGAAGGCGCCAGCUUCCUCUCGCCCGCCCCUCGCAGCCGCGAGCCGCGGUCGGAGCUACCCGGGGCUCCAGCCCAGCAGAGCCGAGCGGCGGCGGCUUCCCUUUUCUCUCCCAGCGAGCCCUGGAGCGCCUCGGGGACCGGCCCGAAAAAGAGCAGGAAAUCUUGUUUACCGCCCGGGUAGAGGAGCCGACCGAGCCUUUGUCUGGAAAGUCAGCUUCUCCGGCUCCGGCUGCAAUGUGUUCCUGGUGACAUUAGCAUUGGACAGCCCGGCCGGAGAAGGGGGGUCGCCAGGUUCAUGUCUGGUUUCGGAGGCGGAUCGAGCGGGUGACUUUUGUGCAUUCAUUUUAAUUUUUGGAAAUCUCUCUUUUUUCCUCCCUCGCCCGUUGCCGGGCAUGUCCUGAUCUGGCGGCCGCUCCUACCGCCCCGGGCUGCCGAUCAGAGCGGUUUCCAGCGGGGCUCUUUCCCUCCCUCCUUGACUUUGCAACACCGCGUUCCGGGAGGACCGACCUCGACGAGGAAAGAGGCGGGGGAACCGCGAACACCCGGACCCAAACCUUGACAUGCUCCCGGGCGGAGAGGAGGAAGCCAGGAGCUGAGCGCGCGCCGGGGCUGCUUCGCCGGCCGGCUCCGAGUGCGGGGCUCCGGGCGCCCUGCCCUGCGCCUGGGCGGCAGCCUUGUUGGUCUGGGGGGCUCCCCACCCCCGCCCCCCGCUUCCCGCCCCGGGGACCCGCGGCCGGCAGGACCAUGCUGCUGAAGGAGUACCGGAUCUGCAUGCCGCUCACCGUGGACGAGUACAAAAUCGGACAGCUGUACAUGAUCAGCAAGCACAGCCACGAACAGAGCGACCGAGGAGAAGGGGUGGAGGUCGUCCAGAAUGAGCCCUUCGAGGACCCUCACCACGGCAACGGGCAGUUCACCGAGAAGCGGGUGUAUCUCAACAGCAAACUGCCUAGUUGGGCUAGAGCUGUCGUUCCCAAAAUAUUUUAUGUUACAGAGAAGGCUUGGAACUAUUAUCCCUACACGAUUACAGAAUACACAUGUUCCUUUCUGCCGAAAUUCUCCAUUCAUAUAGAAACCAAGUAUGAGGACAACAAAGGAAGCAACGACAGCAUUUUUGACAAUGAGGCCAAAGACCUAGAGAGAGAAGUUUGCUUUAUUGAUAUUGCCUGCGAUGAAAUUCCAGAACGUUACUACAAAGAAUCUGAGGAUCCUAAACACUUCAAAUCAGAGAAGACAGGACGAGGGCAGUUAAGAGAAGGCUGGAGAGAUAGUCAUCAGCCCAUCAUGUGUUCCUACAAGCUGGUGACCGUGAAGUUCGAGGUCUGGGGGCUUCAGACCAGGGUGGAACAAUUUGUACACAAAGUGGUCCGAGAUAUUCUGCUGAUUGGACAUAGACAGGCUUUUGCAUGGGUUGAUGAGUGGUAUGAUAUGACAAUGGAUGAUGUUCGGGAAUACGAGAAAAACAUGCAUGAACAAACCAACAUAAAAGUUUGCAAUCAGCAUUCCUCCACUGUGGAUGACAUAGAGAGCCAUGCCCCAACAAGUACAUGACAAUGGAUGAAGUCCGAGAAUUUGAACGAGCCACUCAGGAAGCCACCAACAAGAAAAUUGGCGUUUUCCCACCUGCAAUUUCUAUCUCGAGCAUUCCCCUGCUGCCUUCUUCCGUCCGCAGUGCCCCUUCCAGUGCUCCAUCCACACCUCUCUCCACAGACGCGCCAGAAUUCCUCUCAGUUCCCAGAGAUCGACCCAGGAAAAAGUCUGCCCCAGAAACUCUCACGCUUCCAGACCCUGAGAAAAAAGCCACCCUGAAUUUACCUGGCAUGCACUCUUCAGAUAAGCCAUGUCGGCCCAAAUCAGAGUAACUUCAUAUGAAUAUUUCAUGGGAUUUUAUAUUUUCAUUUUGGGGUUAUUAUUUUUUUUAAUCUUCUGAUAUAGAAAGAGACUGCUUUGUCACUCAAACAUGUCUGAGUGUGCAUGUGGUUAAGUAAUUUCACGUAUAACCUGAUUCCCUAAGUAUGCCACACAGCAUGAUAUUAGAUGGAAAAUGUAAGACUUGCCAAGGGCAGAAGGAAUCUUCUGUGGCCACAUCUGGAAGCCAGAGAGGAAGCCUUGUUAUUGGGCAUUUGGUGAGGUUGGUAUGGACUUCAAGGGUAAAUAAAUGAAAGCUUUGCACCACUGUGUUCCAAGGUGUGGUAAAAUAGUGAAGUCAGUUUCCUCCCAUCAACCCUGAAAUUCUCCAAAAUACUCUCAGGCAUACCACAUCUAACUGUUAAAUUUUGAACUGGUCGUCACCAAUACUUGAAUACCAGGAGUUACUGAGAUUCCUAUUUUGGUUAGUCUGACUCAGGAUUUGGGGCCUAAUUAACACUUUAAAUUUUUUGAAAAUUUUAAUUAUCAACCUAUAGAGGCUCCAAGUGCAAUUAAUGAUAGCUUAUUUAUACCUUUCACAGAAUUUGAUAAAGAUUCCACUUGUUUCUGUCUUUUAAUAACUUUCCCCUUUGUGCCCUUGUGGCCUCGGAAAUCUUAAGAAUUGCAUGGAUGAAUGUGACCACAACUGACUGAUUUUGGAAUGGUUUGGUUUAGGAACCAAGAGGCCCAGGUGAGGCAAACAUCUUUUUUCUCUACAGGUAUCGACAAACAUUGACUUGUCAGCUUCCAUCAUCCAUUAAGAUUUCAGAAUUUGCAAUUAAUUGAGUAGAAUUCAUUGACUAUUUGCCCAUUCAAAGAAGUUCAAGGGUAGAGUGAGCUAACUGGACUUGAACACUGUCAGAAUGUCUGGUUCAGGAACCCGAAAAAAGAGAAAUGUCUCCCAUCCUCCUCCUGGGUUUACUGUUAAUGAUAUCCAGACUUCCCUGGAAUGGAUUGCCCAUCACCAGACCAUAGAAAAGACUGUCAUUCUCUUGCUCCUUACUUGAAAUCCAGAUAUUGGGAAUGUCGCAGAAGUCAAGUAAAUACUGCCAAGUGCAAGGAAAGAAUGAGCAGAAUUGCUGACUCCUAUUUGUAGAGCAAAAAGGAGGAGAGAGAAAAGAUGCCCCUCUAGCUUUGUUUACUGCAAGGAGUGGUAAUGCAAAAUUAGAAUCAAGGUUGACGGGAGGCGAGAUCAUUCACCAAAGUGGCAGAAAGAACUCUCCUUUGAUCUAAAGAGAAAAACCUGCCACCUUCGCACCUCACUGCCUUUAAACGCAGAAGGAAGGGCAAGCAAAAUCUAGCAUUUCCUUUUGUCCUCCAAGAGAGGAAGAGAACAAGGUAAUUGGGCGACUCCAAGGCCCCAGCUAGCCUUCCUGACCGUAACCUUCAACCUCAGGAAAGGGACCUUCCCAAAACACAGAUUCCAAAGGAAACACCAUAGACCAAGGAGCGUAUUCUCCUUCUCUGACACAGCCUCUGCCAGUGGACCCUGCCUGCUUCUCUCUUAGUGCUCAGCACUCGGCAUAGUGUCUUUCAAGUUGAUAAACUCUUCCCAAGGUGCAAGCGCUGGCGCCGUGAGCCCAGCAUCAAGUGUUCUAAGUCAUACGUCAGACUGUCAAGAUCAUUUCUUUAUCUAUAGGUUGGCAUUUAGCUUUAAAAAUAAAUAAAUAAACCCAGAACUCAAAGGAAACCAGUUGCAAGUAGCGUAGCUCAACAGUGCAUCUCUUCCCUAAGAAUGAUCGCUUUGUAGUAAGACAUCUCGGCAUGGUAUGGAAGCAUGAUUCUUGCUUGUGGGAAAACUUAAUCUUUCAUCAGACCCCUUGGACUUCUCAAUGGCUCCCUCUCCACACAGUACUAUUUAAAGAGAAUAUUUGGCUUUAGAAAGCAAAAUUCUUUCAGAAGACACUGACAUAUUUAUGUAUGUAUUUGCUUACCAUUUACAAGCUGAAAUCAGGAUGGGGUGGGAUCGUUAUUCUUGCAUAGAGCAGAUUUAUUUUGUGCAGGUUGUUACACAUCUGGCACCUAGUUUUUCCAUUAAUACAUUGCUGUUUUCCUCUUUUGUAAAGUAGCUUCUGCUAUCAAGGUCAACAAUUCUGUAUGCUUUGGAAAGCUAAUUUCUGAUUUCCUUCUGUGACUUUUCUUUCUCUUAUAGCCAGUACAAUACCACAGACAUCAUCGCAAAGCUGCCGAUGAUAGCGUGAUUCUUAUCCAACAAACAUGUGCUUUUAUAAUAUGUUCAGUUUUUCUGUCUACAUGUAGUUUGUGUGCUUUAAAAAACAGGGAGGGUGUGCAAAUAUUCCUUCAGCUGCUUUGUAUAUUUAAUCCAGUCGUCACAAGGCAUAAAUGACUUCAAUAUUUUAUCUAUCUUGAUUUUCAAGUGUCAUUUCACAUUCUUCAUACACGACUUUGUUUAUUGUGGGAUACAAGCCUGUGUAUAUAGAACAUUAAUAAUUCCUAUAAGGAUGGAAAUUAAAUGGCUGCAUGGUGGAAACUGAGAAGAA